AUGAAGUCCGCGGCUCGUCCAGCCCAGUACAUGCGUCAGUUCUCAUCGGGCAAGACGAAUGCGAACGCCCCAUCGUCGAACUUGGGUCUGUAUCUCUCGGCCGGUGGUGUCGCUGGUCUUGGUGCAUGGUACGCGAUGGGCGGCUUUAAUGGCGAUAUCCGCUCGAAGAUCCAGCAGGUGAACGCCGACUCGGGUGACGUAGCUCUCUCGGGUGAUGAGUUCCGUGCGUUGAAGCUCAAGGAGGUGCGCCCAUACAACCACGACAGCUCGUUUUACGUGUUCGAGCUGCCGGACAACAAGCGUUCGGGUAUCUUUACUGCAUCUGCGCUUGUGAUCCGUGGCGCUGGUGAGGAGCCCAAGGACAAGGAUGGAAAGCCCGUCAUUCGUCCCUACACACCCGUGAACCCGCCGACCGACAAGGGCGAGCUUGUGUUGCUCAUCAAACACUACCCGCAGGGCCAAAUGACGCAGUAUCUCAAGAGCUUGAAGGCCGGUGAUGAAAUGCACUUCAAGGGCCCUAUUCCCAAGCAUCCUUACAAGGCCAACCAAUUUGAGGAGAUCGGCAUGGUUGCCGGUGGUUCGGGUAUCACCCCCAUGUGGCAGCUGAUUCAGGAAAUCUCGUCGAACCCAGCUGACAAGACGAAGGUCACGCUCCUUUAUGGUAACAAGACGGAGGCUGACAUCCUUCUGCGCGAGAAGUUCGAUGAGAUCAGCAAGGACGACCGCUUCAAGAUUGUCUACUUUUUGGAUGAAGCAUCGAAGAACAUGAAGGCAGAAAAGGGCUUUAUCACCAAGGAGCACAUCCAGAAGUAUCUUCCUGGUGCGGACAAGGGCGAAAAGGCCAAGAUCUUUGUCUGUGGUCCUCCGCCCAUGCUGAAGGCGGUGGCUGGCCCGAAGAAGGGAUUCCAGCAGGGCGAACUGUCUGGUGCUCUUGCUGACUUGGGUUUCAAGUCUGAGCAAGUGUUCAAAUUCUAA